UACUGAGCCCAAGUUCAACUUCUCCAAAACAGAACUGGGAGACAUGAGGUUCUGCCCUGGACCUGAAAUGGUCACAAGGCUCUUCUUCUGUGUGGCUUUUUGUCUCCUGUGGGCAGGGCAUGUGGAUGCUGGAGUCACCCAAAGCCCAAGAUACAAGGUCACAGGGACAGGACACAGAGUGGUUCUGAGAUGUCACCAGACUGAGAACUAUGACUAUAUGUACUGGUAUCGACAAGACCUAGGCCACUGGCUGAGGCUGAUCCAUUAUUCAUAUGGCAUUAACAACACUGAGAAAGGAGAAGUCCCUGAUGGGUACGACGUCUCUAGAUUAAAUACAGAGGAUUUCCUCCUCACUCUGGAGUCCCCUACCCGCUCCCAGACAUCUGUGUACUUCUGUGCCUGCAGUGACUCCACAGCGCUGCACAACAGCCUGCUCCCCACACAUAAAGGGUUGUUAGAAAGACUGAGGUUGCCCUGCGUGGCGAUGCCUGCUCCAGACCCUAGGAAGCCCAGCCUCCGGCGCUCACAGGGCUCCUGCCGCCACGCGCCUCACAGCAGGGGGCAAUAUGCCCUCGGCGCCCAAGUCUGCCCCUGCACCAGUCUCAGCCGGACGGAGGUCACCCAACAUGCUUCCCUUGUCUGCGGGACUCUCUGCUUGCAGAAAGGAAAAUGCGUCUUUAUUAAGAUACAUGAAGAUUCCUUUGAUAAUGUCAAAGCCCCCCCUUUCCUCUCACCCCCUGUGGGCUUCGGUGCCUCCUUCAUCUGCUCUGUCCUCCCUCCUCCCCUGCUCUCCAACUUAGGACACAAACCUUGGCUCCCAUCACAGACCUCCAUGCAGGGACUGCAGUUCCUGAUUUACUUUAGCAAUCGAGAACCUAUCGAUAAGACAGGGAUGCCCAAGGACCGAUUCUCAGCUGAGAUGCCCAGUGGGUCACUCUCCACCCUGAAGAUCCAGCCUGCAGAACCCGGGGACUCCGCCGUGUACCUGUGCGCCAGCACCGGCACGAGUGUACCACCCUUCAUCGUCCUGCUCGCUGCUUCCCACCAGCGCUCUCCUCCCCAGUCACCUCUCGUCCCGCCUGCCAAUCCUGUCAUCGUCUGUGGCGACUCCAUCAUCACGCGGACCAUCUCCUCCUUCCCCCACGGGCUGCAGGAUGUCAACUGGGAGCAGGUAAGCGCCGGGCCAGAGAGUGAGCACUGCUGA